ACAAACAGACUAGUUGAGAGUCAUCUUGCGCGAUAGAGUUCUAUUAUUUCACGGUCAUCGGUACCAUGAGGUCUGUUCUAGCUCUGUGUAUCACCGAAGCAGCAAUACUACUCUGCGUGCUCAAUCGAGUGCACGGCAUUAAUGAGGCAGACACCGAAUGGACUUCUGACGCCCAGAUGAUCGCGAUCGACGCCUUAGCCAAGAAAUAUCCGCGGAUCGUGACGAAAGAGUCCGAAACCGAUAUUUACAGGCACAGUACAUCGAGCGUUUUGGAGCGCUUAGCGCACUCAUUUUCCUUCAUAAUUAAACCUGAUAAAAAAGACGCAAAUCACACCUACCGCUGCGAUACCAUCGUCAGUAGAUAUCGCGGACAAGUUUAUUCGUUCAUUUUCGGGGAACCUACUUGCUAUCAGGUCGAAUGCAAGGACGAAGAGGUUGCGCCACGGAAACCGCUCGAGAAGAUUUGCCGCAAAAUCUGAGAUCGACUUUUUCUCAACAGUCACCACGUCAGCACUGAUCGUAUUCGGAAAUGCCAUCGGUGUCCCCCCCCGAGCAUCUGAAAAUCUGUGAUAUCAUGAUCCGUACCCAAAUGAGUCUUUUAAUGGAAUAAAGGUUUAGAGCCUGAGAUUGGGA